AAUUUUUCUAAAGAAGUGCAUGUGUUAUCUUUAUCAUGAAAUAAAAUUUAAAAAUGGAGCAAUCUAGGAGAUAGCAACUGAUAGGUAACGGCGGUGGAAUAAACACACUAUCCGACAACACAAUUUCAACCGUUGAACCCUCCGUUGCGGCGCCGCUCACCGGAAUGAACCAUAUGUAAUCAAAAUUCUCCUCGUUCAAUAAAAUACACUAUACCAUGACCGUCACCGGAACUACAUGAUAUAUGUGUUACGUUCCCAUUUCAUCAUUAAUGAUUAUUACUAUUACUAGUUAAUGAUGGUGGUGCUUGCGGUUACUUCGUUGGUACCCGCGAAACCCUUUCCACGGCGCGCGUUUCGCGUGUACAGGCGCAGAAGGCUCAAAAUCAAUUCCUCGCUUCCGCCUUCACCCGCUCCUUUCGAGAAUCUCUUCCGCAGCUUAAUCGCGCACUAUCCCUCCGUGAAUUCGCUGGAUUUGAUAACUCCCGCUCUUGGCUUCGCUUCCGGCGCCGCGCUCUUCUUCUCCUCGCGCGCCAAAUCCAUCGCCGGCGGUGGUCACCGUUCUUCCCUCUCCGACCUCGGCGAGUGGAUCCUCUUCGCGGCCCCGACUCCGUUCAACCGCUUCGUGCUGCUGCGGUGCCCGUCGUUGGUGUUCGAGGGGAGCGACGCGACUGAGAGGCACUACGUGAGGGGGAGGAUUGAGGUGCGGAAGGGGAGAGAGAGGGAGGGUUUGGUGGAGGAGCUGAGGUAUCAGAGAGUGUGUGUGAGUGGUGCUGAUGGAGGUGUGGUUUCGUUGGAUUGGCCUGAUAACUUGGACUUGGAAGAGGAGCGUGGAUUGGACUCCACUCUCUUGCUUGUUCCCGGUACACCGCAGGGUAGUAUGGACGCCGACGUUAGGUUGUUUGUGGUGGAAGCUCUGAAGAGGGGCUACUUCCCUGUUGUCAUGAAUCCCAGAGGAUGCGCCGCUUCUCCUCUCACCACUCCCCGGUUAUUUACAGCCGCUGACAGUGAUGAUAUCUGCACAUCUCUAACGUAUAUCAGCAAUGCAAGACCGUGGACAACCUUGAUGGGUGUUGGCUGGGGAUAUGGUGCAAACAUGCUAACAAAAUACCUUGCUGAGGUUGGAGAAAGCACACCAUUGACAGCUGCCACAUGUAUAGACAAUCCUUUUGAUUUAGAUGAAGCUACAAGGUCCUCUCCUUAUCAUAUUGUUACCGAUCAGAAGCUCACUAAUGGACUGAUAGAUAUUCUACAAACCAAUAAGGCACUAUUCCAAGGCAAAACCAAAGGUUUUGAUGUUGAAAAAGCUCUUUUGUCAAAGUCUGUACGUGAUUUUGAAGAAGCAAUAUCUAUGGUAUCUUUUGGGUUUGAGGCUAUAGAAGAUUUUUAUUCAAAAUCCAGUACAAGAAAUAUGAUCAGGGAUGUUAAAAUCCCUGUUCUCUUUAUACAGAGUGAUAAUGGGAUGGUUCCCAUAUUCUCAGUUCCAAGGAACCUGAUUGCUGAAAAUCCAUUCACAAGUCUGCUCCUAUGUUCUUGUUUGGUGCCUAGUGUUACGGAUACUGACAUGUCUGCUUUGUCAUGGUGCCAGCUUCUAACAAUUGAGUGGCUUACAGCAGUAGAGUUGGGACUCUUGAAGGGCCGUCAUCCUCUUCUGACAGAUAUAGAUGUUACCAUAAAUCCUUCUAAAGGACUAGUUGUUGUAGAGGAAAUAAGGUCAAACAAGGAUGCUGAAGUUGGCAAACUGUUGAAUCUUACUCGGUCAGAUGCAUUUAAUGGAUACUCUAUUGAUCCCAGUAGUGACUUGCUUGAAGAAAAUAAGAAUAACACUGGCCUCCAAUUUAGGUCCCAACAACGUCUACAACGGAACUUUGAGCAGGAUGAUAUGAGCUUACAGGUAAAAGAUGGUCCAUCACAGCAGACUAGCUCCAGUGAAGCAGAUUUGAUUGAAGAGCAGAAUGUUGUCUCAGCAGAUAAUGUUCAAGUUCUACAGACAGCACAAGUGGUAAUAAAUAUGCUGGAUGUUACCAUGCCUGGUACUCUAACAGAAGAGAGGAAGAAAAAGGUAUUAACUGCUGUGGGUCAAGGACAGACACUUAUGAAAGCUUUACAGGAUGCUGUUCCAGAAGAUGUCCGUGGAAAGUUGACAGAUGCAGUGAGUGGAAUUUUGCAUGUAAAGGGCUCUAACUUGAAGGUAGAUAGAAUUGUGAAUGUUUCUCAGUCUCCUGAACCAUUACAAGGGCAAAAGAACCAAGAAAAAUCCGGAGUAUUAGAUGCAGAAGUUAUGGCUGAAGACCAGCCCUCUGUGAAUCAGAUGAAAAAAGCUAGUCCUAUGGAUGGCUCUGAUAAUGCUCCAGGUAGCAUUGGCGAGCUUGCUGAAGGAACAGAAACAGAAGUUAUUCCCAUAGAGACACCAAAUUCUACAAAUUUAGCCCAGUCUCAAGCAUUAAAUGAUGAAGUUGGUUCUUCCAGUUCUACCAGGAAAGAAAAUGAGUCUAAUGACAAUAAUGACCCAAAUGAGGAAUUGAAAGGAAAAGCUGUUCCUAUUGUUGAUUGUAGCAAGAACGAAUUUGAAACAGGUUCUACACUUUACAAUCCUGGCCAUCCUGAUGGAGCUGGUGGCUUUCAAUCAGCAUCUGUGGGCGAGCAGAAUAGCCAAGACAGUGGAAUCGCUCAAAUAGACCUAAAGGAUGAACAGAAAAAUCAGGGUUUUUCUAUGAAUCAUAAUAAAAAUACUUCAACUGACUCAAAAGAACCACCCUUUUCACCUUCUAUGUCGGGGGAAAAUAAUUCCCUGGAGGAUGAACAGAAAAAUCAGGACUUUUCUAUCAAUCAUAGUAAAAAUACUUCAACUGACGCAAAAGAAGAACCCCUUUCACCUUCUAUGUCCUCUGAGGUCCCAGCAAUGGAAAGAAAAGGUAAUGACAACGAGAAAAAUAAUAACAAGAAUGCACAUGUUGCACCUCAGACCAACUCCAAUAAUUUAGAUUCUAGUGCCCCGGCCUUCAGUGUUUCUCAAGCAUUAGAUGCCUUGGCCGGGAUAGAUGAUUCCACCCAAGUGGCUGUUAAUAGUGUUUUUGGUGUGAUAGAAAAUAUGAUAUCUCAGCUUGAGCAGAGUUCAGAGAAUGAAGAAGUCAAGGAUGGAAAAGAUGUUGAACACAAGAUAGAAGAAAAACAAAAGACUAAUAGCCAAAGAAAGGAUUCCAACACAUCUGCUGAUCCUUCAGUAGAUGAUCACCAUAAUGAAAUGUACUUGAAUAAUGGUUCUUGUCAUACAGAGGAACAACAACCUCAAAAUGUCAGUGAAAUUAGUGGGAACGGUGUAUUUGAUUCUCACAGUUGUAAGUCUAACCUGCACCUAGUCCAAAAGGAAAGUAACAGACAUACUCAACUGGUUAACAAAAGAUUACUUAUUGAUAAAUGGGCUGGACCCAGACAGGUGGGUAGGGUGCCAGAGUUCCUAGCUGCAGGUUCAUACGGGGGCUCUCCUUACAAUGAAAACCUCAGCAAAUAUCUAGUUUCAAAGAUUCCUAUCAAACCACUUGAUUUAAACACGACGACUGCAUUACUACUAGAUUAUUUUCCAGAGGAAGGUCAAUGGAAACUCUUUGAACAACCACAAAACGUGGGCAUUGCUUCUUCUAAUACUGAAACUGGUGAGGAGGCUGGGCCCAAGUUGAAGGCUCCCCCAUCUUCAAAAUCUUCUAAUGCAGAGCAUUAUAUUGAACAACCAUAUGUAAUAUUAGAUUCUGAAAAGCAACAAGAACCUGUCAAAGAGUUCAUUACAACAGAUACUGAGAACAGAGUCACAGAUACCAGUGUUGAUAGGUCAGAUGAAUUGAUACAAUUUGUGAAAAAGAAGGUAUUACAUUCUUUAAAGAGAGAAGUUGGUCGCAAGCUGAAUGCUGCAGAAAUGAUAGAAAUGAAGUCAGAUCUUGCUGAAGAUCUGGAACAUGUGGCAAAUACAAUUUCACAGGCUGCUCUUCAUUGCAUGGUGCAACAACUAGAUACUGAAAGUCAAAGUCUAAAUGUUGAGGGUGCUAUAGAAAAGGUUGGUACUCUUGACGGGGAGCAUAUUGUUAGCGUAAUUUCAUCCUCUGUUCAGAAAACAAACUGUCUGAGAAAAGUUGUUCCUCUUGGUGUUAUUGUUGGGUCCAUCUUAGCUUCCUUGAGGAAAUAUUUUGAUGUAACUACACUUCAUGAUGAUCAGAGAAGAUCUCUGAUCCAUGAAGAUGGGGGAAAACCUAGCAAAAAGAGCCAUGGCAUUGGAGGUGCAACAGGGAUAGAUGGAGAACUUGAAGAGAAAACUAGUUUGGACCAUCCUAUUCAGACAGUGACAGUAGAUGUAGAAAGUGCAUCGGCAGAUACAAGCAAAAAUACUGUCAUGGUUGGUGCUGUUACUGCUGCUCUUGGGGCUUCUGCUUUACUUAUGCAACAGAAGGAUUUCCAACAAGAAAAUGUAACUGCUGAAAGCUCAGCUUUGAAAAUGGAAAAUCCCCAUCAAAAGGAGCCAGAUCAGCUUCAGGAGGAAGUCUUUGAGAAGAACCAGAAUAACAUAGUCACAAGCCUUGCUGAGAAAGCCAUGUCAGUUGCUGGUCCAGUUGUACCUACUAAAGAAGAUGGUGAAGUGGAUCAAGAAAGACUGGUUGCGAUGCUAGCUGAUUUAGGACAGAGAGGUGGAUUGUUGAGGCUUGUUGGAAAGAUUGCUUUGCUGUGGGGUGGUAUACGUGGAGCAAUGAGUUUGACAGACAGGCUUAUCUCAUUCUUACGUAUUGCUGAACGCCCUUUAUUUCAGAGGAUUUUUGGGUUUGUUGGCAUGAUCCUUGUUCUGUGGUCUCCUGUUGCCAUUCCAUUACUUCCAACAAUUGUUCAGAGCUGGACCACAAAGACUUCAUCCAAAAUAGCUGAGUUUGCUUGCAUUGCCGGCCUGUACACUGCUAUAGUGAUACUUGUUAUGUUAUGGGGGAAAAGAAUCCGUGGAUAUGAAAAUGCAUUUGAGCAGUAUGGGCUGAACUUGGAAUCACCACAAAAGCUAUUUGAGUUCUUGAAAGGUUUGGUUGGUGGAGCCAUCUUCAUUUUUUCAAUCCAUGCUGUGAAUGCAUCUCUUGGUUUUGCAAGUUUCUCUUGGCCUCAUAUUCCAACAUCUUUAGAUUCCCUAACUCGGCUAAAAGUGUAUGGACAUAUGGGUCUGGUAGUUGUUCAAGGAACUGUGAUGGCAACUACUAUUGCACUGGUGGAAGAAUUGCUUUUUAGAUCAUGGUUGCCCCAGGAAAUUUCAGUUGAUCUUGGAUACCAUCAUGGAAUUAUCAUUUCAGGGAUGGCAUUUUCUUUCUUGCAGAGGUCUCUACAAUCAAUACCAGGACUUUGGCUUUUAGCUUUGUCUUUGUCAGGUGCCCGACAGAGAAACGGAGGUAGCCUCUUCAUCCCCAUCGGGCUACGCACAGGAAUGACGGCAUCCACUUAUGUGCUGCAAAAUGGUGGUUUUUUAACAUAUCAUAAUAACUGCAACCUUCCUCUCUGGAUAAUAGGGAGUCCUUUUCAACCGUUUAGUGGUUUAGUUGGUUUGGUAUUUUCUUUAUCAUUGGCUAUACUUCUCUACCCCAGACACACUUUACAAAGAAAGGAAGCUCAGGAAUAGGUAAAGAAUUUAGAAGUAAUAUCACUACAAUUUUGAAUUUGGCGAUGCUAUCGUGUUAAUAUGCCAAAAUUGGAGGUGGCCAAUGGCCAUUUUCGAUUGUACUAUAUCUGUACUGUUAACUGGAGAGUAAAGAAUGAGAAGACAGCAAUUGACGGCCAACAAAGAAAGAUAAAACUUAGGAACCUUAAAAGCUUCAAUUCUGAGUACCGUGUAAAACUCUCAUGUGGAACCUAGUGGCAGGCACCAAUCAUGAUGUGGGUUUUAGAUUUAUAGAUUAUAGGUAUAAUGUAGAAGAUGAAAGUAGAAAAGCUACAAGUUUGUACAUAUGUUUUGUGUUAUAUUUUGUAGUCCAUCAUCCAAUCAAAGUGUACAGUAGGUUUAGUGUAAGUUUUGGUAGUUGUAUCACUAUUUUAUCACAACACAAUAUGAUGCACAGGAAUUAGGAUAUAUAUAGAUAGCUCGGGUAGAUAUAAGUGCUGUUUUCGUUUUCUUUCUCCUAUGUCUGCCAUUUUCAAUGGCAUAUUCAUAUUGUAAUACUUGUAUCCAAUGAUUUUGCGAAAAAAUUUAAAUGUAUCCUUGUCAUAAUAUCA